GAUUGUCUGCCAAUAAAUAAAUAAAUGAAUUUUGUUGUAUGGAUUUAAAUUGAAUUAAGAGUGAUUUAAAAAUAAACUAAAGAACAAAAAAAAUUAAAAAAUAAAAAAAGAGAAUAUCAAUAUUUAAAACAACAAUCGAAAACUAUUAAUUUUGUUUGAUUGGGUUUCCGACAUUUUUCCAUUAUGCAUGCCACAAAAUAUUUAAGCUUUUUAACACUGGCCUGUCUGGCCGUGUUGGCAUUUUAUUCUACACCAACAAUGGCAUGCUCCUGCAUGCAAAGUCAUCCACAGACCAGCUAUUGUAGGGCAGAUUAUGUUGUCGUUGUACGUGUCCUGCGCAAAUCUACACGUUUGGUUAAAAAUCUAGCCGCCUAUAAAGUGGAAAUAAAAAAAUCCUACAAGAUGACACCCGAAGGUCAUAAAACAUUGAGACAUGGUCGUCUGCUUACACCGCUCGAGGACAGCAUGUGUGGUGUCAAUUUGCAAUUGGGUAAAUUGUAUGUGAUUGCCGGUCAGGGAGCCCAAUUGAAUUUGUGCAAUUAUGUCAAAGAGUAUCAGAAGAUGAGCAUUAUAGAGAGGAAAGGUUUCUCGGGAGUCUAUCGCAAGGCAUGUGGUUGUGAGGUUAGAACUUGUUUUGGCAAUAGCUGCUUGGUUCAUACCGAAACUGCCACCGGUUGCAAAUGGUCACCGUUUGCCAAGUGUGAAACUGAAUUCAGUGCUUGUAUGCCCUCAACAUAUCAAACACCCGAAGGACCCAUCCGACAGUGCCGUUGGAGAAGAACGCCUCUGUAUGAGGAGUGCAUGUCAAAUCCAUGAACAUGCUGAGUAAAAAUGUAUCUGUCAUAUUCAAAUACUAUUUUUUUGUGUAAAUUUGCUCGGUUUUCUUUUUUAAUUUGUAUUUAAUUUAUGUUUAUUGUAAGUUAAGUUAUAUGUAUGUACUGUUAAUGUAGUUUUUAAGUUAAAUAUUUUUUUUUAUUAUUAUUUUUUUUGUUUUCAAUUACAUUUUUAAAUAUUAUACGAUUUAACCCCAUUGGGGCUAUUUAUUAUUCAAAGAAGCAUCAUUUGAAAUUUAAAUAAAGAUAUGAAUAAAAAUUUAAAA